GUAGAGCUCCAGGUAAAUUAUGAAACAGUUUUCGCAUACAAACCCAUUUCCACCUGUCAAAAUACUGUUUACUAAAUGACGUCAUGUAUCUAUAACAUUGGGAGCGAUAACGGGCACUAUUUUUGUUCCCGAUCCGGUUUCUUCCAUCAAAUAGUAAACCUAAUUGUUACACCUGUACCCGAUUAAAAAAGUAAAUAAACAUAUUUAACACAAAUCUGUAUAUUACAAUUGUUAACUUAGUCCGAGAUUGCUUUGACGUUUGAAUGCCCUUUUAUGGAUUUGCCACGGGUGGAAUAAAAAGCACUCCAAAGCAAAAACAUAAUUUUGUCUUUGUGUUGUUCUUUUCUAUCUCGAAAUCGGUUAUUAUGUGACACAUUUCUAGGAGGUUCCGCUUAACUAUAUCUAAAAGAUAACACAUGAAUACUUGGAUAAAACUUGGUUCGGGUACGCUCUAAAAAUAACAAAGAGAAAAAAAGCUGGAUUUGUUUACGCUAUCCAGAAUGAAUUUAGGGGAGGGGGAGGGGGAGUAUAAUUCUUGAUAACUAUGAAUAUUAUCAAAGACAGGUGAAAAUUGAAAUGACUUUAAGUGUAUAAUUAUGAAUUGACUUUACGCAAACAAAGAUGCAAUAAAGAUGAAAAAUUAAAUCUGUUAAUGUACAAGUCUUUAUGACAUUUAAAACAUUUCUUUUAAAUAUAGGUCUUGAUAGCAUUACGUUUCUAUGCUACUGGCAACUUUCUGCAAGUGUUGGGAGAUACUGUUGGAAUAGAUAAGGGAACUGCAUCUCGAGUAGUAAGAAAGGUAUCCCUUGCCUUGUCAGAGCUCCUCCCAGUUUAUGUAAAAUGGCCUUCCGAGGACGAGAAGAGAGAAAUAAAGAAUGAUUUCUACAAAAUGGCUGGCUUCCCUGGAGUAAUUGGCUGUAUCGAUGGGACACAUGUUUGGAUACAGCGCCCGUCUGAAAAUGAACCUGCCUUUAUAAACAGAAAAGGGUACCCUUCCAUCAAUGUACAGGCUGUUUGUGACAGCAAAGGAAGGUUCACAAAUCUAGUAGCAAGAUGGCCAGGCAGUACCCACGACAGUCAUAUGUUAAGGACCAGCAACCUAAGAACCGUUUUAGAGAGGGACAACAACGGUUUACAAAAUGGCAUUCUUCUUGGUGACAGUGGUUAUGCCUGUAAACCCUAUUUAGUUACACCAUACUUGAGACCAUCUGACCAGAGCCAAGAAAGAUACAAUGGUUCACAUUGCAGAACAAGAGUUACAAUAGAAAGAGCUUUUGGAUGGUGGAAAAGACGUUUCCACUGUCUACAUGGAGAACUUAGGAUGCACCCUGAGAGAGUCUGCACAAUAAUUGGUAUGAUAUCUUUAAAACCCGAUAAGUAUAGUGUCUAA